AUGCUCUUCGAUGCAGACCUCUACCAUAGGGAGAACUGGGAUCCUGAUUACCCGAGCGACAGUGAGUCAAUGCCGGAAUCGAAGAGAGACCCAGAGGUGGGAGUGAAGUUGGCGGAGAUGACAGAAGUGCUGACGGAGACUGUUUCAAAGUUGAACGCAGCGAACUUGGCGAAGAUACCGCAGAAUAUGUCGGUAGCCACGAACUCUGCCGAUGCGGCGACAGUCUCUGAGUCGGAUUUGGAGUCUGCCUUAGAUUGGGGUAGUCAAGGCAUGCUGGACUGGGGCGUCAUGAGCUUUCACGGGUACAUGAUCGGUGAGGAGUCUGACAAUGAGUGGCCGCCUGCUGGUUAUACGAUGAACGGUGCUUUCGAUGAGACAAGCGGCGACGAGAGCAGUGGCGACGAGACCAGCAUUAGUGGCGACACCACCAACGGCAGCCAAAUGAGCAGCGACAGCAUGUCCACGGCCGACAGCGACGACAUGAGCCUUUGUGAGGACACCAUCGUCCCCAUAACCGAGAGCGACCUCAUCCCUGACGGUCUUGACAACAGUUUCGAUGAGAUGGCCGACAACAGCAUCUUCGUCAUGGUGGACGGCAAUGAAGAUGCACCCUCAGCUGAUAACGGCAGUAUCUUGCACGGGAUUCAAAUGGGUUCCCAGUGA